AUGGACGAUGCGUUUCACGGCCUGGAUGCUCGAAUUGCUGAAGUCGCAGAGAAGUUCUGGUGUCGAUGGAAAUAUUGUUUCGGAGAUCGGUUGGUAGACCCGGUGGCCAUAAAGCUCGCGAAAGCCCCCUUGGUUCUCGACGUGACAACCCUGCAUAACAUACAGGCCCACAAACCACCUAUUCGACCUCCCCGCAGCUCGCAAAAUGCCAGUCCCAAAGAAUGGCGGAAAGUUGGCCUGUACAUCUCCAGGACGCCCUGCCUAUUUACCCCGUGGCUAAUAGAGGCUGUCUCAGUUGACGUUGCCCGUCUCCUGGACCAGGCUGGCAUUCCCAAUGUCCUCUGGGGAUGGCUGGCCCUAGCCCUGGCUGCGUCCGACCAGGGUAAUCACGAAGUUCAGUUUGUUAUCGCAGAUGACAAGGUUGACGACGCCAAAAAGGUACUUGCUGCUGCCGGCUUCACAGCCUGCACGCACCCAAAAUGCUUCGAGCUAAGCGACGACCGGUUCCCUGAAGACCAGUGGCGCGACAUCUUCCUGAACGGGACCCCGGAACAGCGAAGUGCGGUAGCGAUCGCAUCGAUGGCGUUUGACCGCUACCACCCCGUCGCCGCAGUCCACUAUCAUACCGAAAAGCAGUCUGACGAGUAUCGCCUCCUGUCGCUGUACAAGAAGUCCGCCCAACUCUGGUGGCUGCCAACGAUGAACGUCGGGCCUCCUGCAAAAGACGACAGAAACCUCACCACCUCCGACUCCAACCGCCUGCCAACAGGCAAAAAUCGAACUGGUCCUUGGACGGGUCAAUAUCCCAUCCAGGUGCUCACGCCUUGGGCGUUGCUCGAAGGUCUCAUCUUUUUGUUCUGUCGGGACUUUGGCCAUCUCCAGGAGAUGGACCAAAAGCUCUGGUUCGGCAUGAUCCUUUUCUUCAUGCCCCACGACGACGAGGUCAGAUACAAGAUCGGGCCACGUUUUGUGGAUGCCUGGGGCGCAGUCAAAUCUCGUAUACCCGAAGGCAUGAACCAGUUUGUGCCCUUUUUCAAACUCAGAUCGGAGCUGAUUUUGGCGGGCGAGCUGCCUGAUAUCCCCCCGAACAAAGCACACAUGUUUGAAUAA